AAAUAGUUGUGUUGAAUCUUCACCAUGUUGUGGAGGCAAAAUGUAUGAUGUUAUUGUUAUUGGUGCUGGUAUGGCCGGAGUUAAUGCUGCCAAGUUGUUGAAACAAAAUAAUAUUACCAAUGUUUUAAUUUUGGAGGCUAAUGAUUAUAUUGGAGGAAGAUUGCGUUCUCAAAGCCUGUUGAAUGGAAAGGUUGUUAUUGAUAUCGGAGGACAAUGGGUUGGACCACCUCAACCAAAGGUUUUGUCUCUUAUUAAGGAACUUAACUUGUCAUUGGUUCCUCAAUACUUUGAACAAGAAAAUAGAAAUUCAUCCCUUGUCAUGCCAAGUAUUGGUGGUAAGAAGAAUAUUCUCAAAUAUACAGGAAGCAUUCCAUCUGAUCCAAAGAAUGUUACUGAAGAAGUCUUGUUGGAUUUCCAACGUUCUAUCAUGAAGAUUGAAGAAAUGGCUAACACUGUUCCAGUUGAUGCACCAUGUGAAUGUGCUAAGGCUUUGGAAUAUGACUCACAAUCUGUUCAAACCUUUAUGGAUUCAAUGUUCAAGACUGAAGUUGCUAAGGACUUUUUCAGAACCUUUGUUAUUACUGUUCUUGCUGUUGAUCCAUCUGAAGUUUCAACUUUAUUCAUGUUGUGGUAUAUUGCUGCUGCUGGAAGUUUUGAUAAUUUGAUGAAUGUCAGAGAUGCUGCCCAAGAUGCCAAAGUUUACCUUGGUACUAAUGGUAUUGUUACUGGACUCGUUGACAAGUACAAGCUCAAUGUAUUAUUGAAGCAUCCAGUGACUAAAAUUAAGGAUGAAGGUGAAACCAUGUCUGUUACUUGUGAAAAUGGAAAGGUUUUCCAAGCCAAAAAGGUUAUUGCCACUAAUUUGCCAUGGACUCACCUUGGUAUUCAAUACGAACCACCAGUUCCAUCUCAAAGACAUCAAUUCUGUCAAAGAACACCUAUGGGUUAUGCUGUAAAGUGCUUUACAAUAUUUAAACAACCAUUCUGGAGAACCAAGUACAAUAGUAAUGGUUUCAUUUUGUCACUCCAAGAUGAAGAUUGGCAUACUCUUACUUAUGAUAUUGGUUACAAGAAUGAUCUCAUUUUUGGUAUUUGUGGUUUCGUUUAUGCCACUAGAGCUUGUGAAUGGAGUACAUUCUCAAAGGAAAAGAAGGUUGCCUUGUUAAUGAAACAAUACAGUGAAACUCUUGGUGGUACAGUCGAAGAGUGGAAAUCACAAUUUGUAGAUUAUAUUGAAAAGGAUUGGGGUAUGGAUCCUUACACUAGAGGAAGUUAUGGUGCUAUCACUGCUCCAGGUACUUUGACUAUGACCAAGAUGGCCUACAGAGAACCAUUGUAUAAUCGUAAAUUGUUUAUUGCUGGUACUGAAACAGCUACAGCAUGGAUUGGUUAUAUGGAAGGUGCUAUUGUCAGUGCUGAAAGAGUCGUUCGUGAAGUGACAGAUGCCUUGGGUAGUAAUAGACCUUCAAAACUCUAAAUAAAUUAUUAACAUUCAGAAUUCAUUUUGGUAG